AUGACGUGUGGCCGGUUCUUACCCUGCCGCCGAUGCUACCAACGAACUACACAUCAACCUUCGAUUCGACGACUAUCCCAAAGAGACCGAUUUACGGGUAGUGGCAACUUGGCAGUGAGUCGAAGCAAUACCAAUUCCAGCAAUGGCCGUUGGGUGGAGAUUGAUUCCAAGAAUACUUCCGUUCGCCUUGAUAGAAGAACCUUUAUGAGUAUUCCACAAUCCAAUUUGGAAAACAGAACACUCUACAGAUUCAGGAUCACAGAUUUGACGUACGACCUUGGCGGUGACGGAAUGUGCUGUGUGUUUGGAUACGGCUGGGUGACGUUGACAAACGGAACUCGGACGGAGAGCAGCCCCGAUGGAACUGUCAUCUGGAGUCUGCUGGGGAACGAAUUUACCACAGAGGCGGAAGUCUACAUCUGGAUAAACGGCAACGGUCAAACAGAGGUUGUCGCGAUUGACAAAGACGGAGGACUUCGACCAGACAUCCCAGGCAAUCCCGUCCCUGGAUUGUCACCAGACCCAGGAGACGGCAGCGACAACGCUGAUUUUCUGUUGCCGAUACUGGAAAACGGCAACGAUGCCGGCAACGCCGACAAUUCUCCGCCCACGAACUCCGAACCCGGCAACGGCGGCUUUUUGGAAAUUCCUGUUGUGGGGGGCGGGGAUGACAAUGCCAAGGGGCAAAGCGACCGGGACCCUCUGAUAGUGCAAGGGGAGUUCCCAUAG